GAUCACAACUACUGGUCGAACAAAAAUAGCAACGAAGUAGAAGUAAUUCAUAAGCACCGCUACUGUGAUAAUCCAAGAGGGCAACAUAGUUAAGCACUGACUCAACAUGACAGAGGGGAAAAAAGUAUUCUUAGCAAGAGAAUUCUUCGACCUUGUCGAUGAACACAAAACAAUGAUGAUCGAAGAACUCGCAAAAGCAGUUUCAAUUUCCUCCGUUUCUGCUCAACUUGAUCAACAUCUCGAUGACAUCAUUGAAAUGAUGGAAUGGACUAAUUCCUACAUUCAAAGGUUGGGCGGUUCUACGACAAUGGUUCCAAAUCCCUUGACAACUUCGGAACGUCCCUUGCCCCCCAUUCUUCUUGGCGAAUUUAAGACAAACGACCCAUCAAAGAAAACUGUAUGCGUUUAUGGGCAUCUAGAUGUACAGCCCGCAGCAAUCGAAGAUGGUUGGGAUACAGAUCCUUUCGUUUUGACUGAAAAAGACGGCAAACUUUUUGGGCGGGGCUCUACCGAUGACAAAGGGCCGGCACUCAGUUGGUUGUGGAUCAUUUAUCUGCACCAAAAACUUGGAGUUGACCUCCCUGUAAAUAUUAAGAUCUUAUACGAGGGAAUGGAAGAAAGCGGUAGUUUGGGAAUAUUUGAGCUCAUCCAAUCCGAAGGGAAGCCUGGAAAAUUUCUUGACGAUGUUGAUUUCUUUUGUAUCAGCGAUAACUACUGGCUUGGCAAAACAAAACCAUGCCUAACUUACGGACUCCGAGGUCUGGCCUACUUUGAACUUUCAGUUGAAGGCAGCACCAAGGAUCUUCAUUCCGGUGUUCUUGGAGGAACAGUAUUCGAGCCAAUGACAGACUUGAUCUCCUUGAUGGGGACGUUGGUUGAAUCUUCAAGUGGUAAAAUACUUGUUCCUGGUGUUUAUGACAGUGUAGCGCCAGUCACACCUGAGGAAGAGGCUUUGUAUGAAACAAUAGAUUUCGAUUUGGAAAGCUUUAAAGAGGAGAAUGGAAUUAAAUCAAUCAGCGACAAACUUUUAUGCCACGACAAGAAGAAUCUUUUGAUGAAUCGGUGGCGCAAUCCCACUCUUUCAUUACACGGAAUCGAAGGAGCAUUCAGCGGAAAAGGGGCAAAGACAGUUAUUUCGAAAAAGGUGAUUGGAAAAUUUUCGCUUCGAUUGGUUCCAGACCAAGAUCCCCAAAAAAUAGAAGAGCUCGUCAGAAACCAUCUCCAGAAGGAAUUUUUGAAGUUGCAGUCACCGAAUAAAAUGAACCUCGAAUUGCACCACGGAGCUCAUCCAUGGCUCUCUGAUCCAAAGCACCCCAACUUUGAAGCAGCUGCAAAAGCUAUCGAAAUCGUUUACGAUGGAGUGAAACCAGAUUACACACGCGAAGGUGGCUCCAUUCCAAUCGCGUCCGCCUUGGAGAAUGCAACAGGAAUGAACGUUUUGUUAUUGCCAAUUGGUGCCUGCGACGAUGGCGCGCAUUCGCAGAACGAAAAAUACAACGUCGUUAAUCUUUUGAACGGGGUUAAAGUAUUGGGUGUGUACCUUCACCAGCUCGGGAAGGUGGAGGGACCCAAACCAUCGUCAUGCAAGUGCCCCUUGUUGACCGACGAAGAAUUGAUGAUACCGGGUGCUUUUGUGCGUGGCUUUGCUUGCAAGUGUGUGAUGUAAACCCCACUACAGCCAUUGAUCCUUAGAAGCACUUGUCGUCGGGAACAAAUGAUAUCACGAGAUGACAUAUUACGACGCUCGAGACAGAAAGAAAAUUACUAAUCUUCUUAAUAUAGUAUUGUAGUUACC